GAACCACAGAUUUUGUCAGCCAGCAAAAAAUUUAAAAAAUCCUCAUGUUCAUGUUUGAAUCUCAGUUAUAUUCCUGUCUGACCUAAGUGUAACAAUAUUUGCAAAAUGGCUACUGCAGCUUCCACCAUGGCUAGCCAGCUAAAGAGCAGCUUUGCUUCGUCUUUAACCAGAGGUCAUGGCCUUGUUACUCCCAAAGGCAUUUCUGGUGCACCUUUCAAGAUUUUCCCUUCAACAAGAAAGUCUUGCUUCACCGUUAAGGCUGUCCAAGCUGAUAAACCUACUUUCCAAGUGAUUCAACCCCUAAAUGGUGACCCUUUCAUUGGAAGUCUUGAAACUCCAGUAACCUCAAGCCCAUUGAUUGCAUGGUACCUCUCCAACUUGCCUGCCUACCGGACUGCGGUGAACCCGCUUCUCCGGGGAGUUGAAGUGGGCCUGGCCCAUGGAUUCUUACUAGUUGGGCCUUUUGUAAAGGCUGGUCCAUUAAGAAACACAGCUUAUGCAGGGGGAGCUGGUUCAUUGGCAGCAGCAGGACUUGUAGUGAUCCUUAGCAUGUGUUUGACAAUUUAUGGAAUUUCAUCAUUCAAAGAAGGAGAUCCAUCAACAGCACCAGCAUUAACAUUGACUGGCAGGAAAAAAGUACCAGAUCAAUUGCAAACUGCAGAUGGAUGGGCUAAAUUCACUGGUGGAUUCUUUUUUGGUGGAAUUUCUGGUGUCACCUGGGCUUAUUUCCUCCUUUAUGUCCUUGAUCUUCCUUACUUUGUUAAGUAAAUUUCUUUACUAUUAUAUAUGAAUGUUAAAUUGGAUAUAUCAAAGUUGUAUAUCGAACCGCUGAUCUCUUGGAGGAGUGUAAUGAAUGUUUACUUUAAAUGCUA